CUGACAAGGCUAAUGUACUUAUUUACUCAUAAACCGCAGUGCCUAUUAUGUAAUAAUCAUUUCCUCUGUCCUUGCAGGGAUAAAUGACUGUCAGCUAAUAAACAGACAACCAGAACUUAAAUUUUUAGUAGAUUAUUGGCACAAGGAGGACAAGCGGAAACGUCAUAAUAGCUGCAGAAUGUCAGACACUGACUUCAAGAGACUUGAGCUUUUCAGCACUAUUUUGAAUAGCUGCAGUUCAGGCCCACCCUGUAAUAACUCCCACCUCAUCUCCCACAACAUGAGCAUCAGUGGUGGACUGGAGAUUCUUGGUGAUGGAUCUCCCUGGCUAAGAAUAGUCAUCUCUGUGGUGUACUUUGUUGUGGCUACAGCAGGAGUGUUGGGGAACUUCCUGGUGAUGUUCCUGCUGUAUUCUACUCGCACCAUCACCACAGGCACCAUCAACUUUUUUGUGUUCAACUUAGCUUUGGCUCACUUGCUCUUCUCCCUGGCCUUGCCCUUUUGGGCUGUAGACAUUGCACUGGACUACAGCUGGCCUUUUGGCUUGGCCACAUGCAAGGCUGUGUCCUUACUCACUGGGCUCAAUGUGUUUGCUAGCUGCUUUUUUCUCACAGCUAUGAGUUUGACUCGGUACUGCUAUGUGGCCACUGCUCUCAAACCCAGUGCGUCCUUGUGCAGUAGGUCUUGUACCUCUCCGGUGACCACGGCUUUCAUCUGGGCUGCAGCGCUCAUAGCAGCUACACCCCGAGCUGUGUUUGCUGACCUGAGGCACGUGGGCAGCGGCAAUGACACAGCAUGCCUGCUUCGUUUCCCAGAUGGUACGGCCUGGCUUGGAAUAAACCAGCUCCUGCGAGUGGUGAUGGGAUUUCUGCUACCCUAUGCCAUUAUCAUCCUCUCCUACCUACUUCUGCUACGUUUCCUCUGUCGACAUAAACUGAGGGGCAGCAACUCACGGCGAAAGGCUGAUAUAUCCAAGUCCGUGGCUGUGGUGGUUCUUUCAUUCUGCGCCUGCUGGUUCCCAUAUAACAUCCUCACACUUUGGAGCGUCCUGAUCCAACUUGACAUCAUUGAUAUCAGCCCCUCAUUCUACUUGGCUCAAACAUACUUCUUCCCUCUGGCCAACUGCUUGGCCUUCACCAGCAGCUGCUUCAAUCCUGUCAUCUAUUGCCUGGUGAGAAAAGAAUAUCGUGUUGCUCUCCAUAACGUGCUCUUCAAGUUGAGCCUGGCCAUUAUGUCCAAGAUGCCCUACAGCAUUAAUUCUGAAGAGGUGUCGGCACAAGCUGGGCAGCUGGCCAUUCCACUCAACAGCGCGUACAGGCAGACGAGCCAAAGUGACACUGGGACAUAUGCACCUCUGUCAGCACUUCCAACAGUGAUGUCCACCAUGUAAGGCCACAACACAACGAUCAAAUUCUUUACUCGGAUACUUUAGAGUUAGGAAACGAGGGUACUUCAUAUUAAGAGUUUUGAUUGUGUAUCUUUUUAUCCAAGUAUGUACAGUUCUCUGUAUUUCAGAUCUGUGGUGAAAAAGCUGCAUCUUAAACACACCUAAGCUUUUAUGGGUCUUGUAUUUUAUAGCAUUGGCUGAAUUGGCUGCACAGCUUGAGUCUUAUUCAGUGAAGACACCAUAUACGUUUCAAUUUCAAUUCUUUCACUAAUACAGUGCAAAUUUGAUGUCCCUCUUCAUCAUUUCCUUCUCCAUCCUCUUAUUAUUGUUGUAUUAUUAACUGAAAUACUACACAAAAGUUUACUGUCAUAUGAAACUAAUGUACAAAUGUUUAUUUCUGCAGUUUAGAACAACUAAUCUUGCUGCACUGUAGGUCUGGAUUGUGGUUGUCUUGUCCAGGUGUCCGUGUGUUUGUCAUUUGUUUGAGUUGAAAUAGAAAUAAAU